AUGCCCAGAGAGGCGGCGACGCGGUCGAUGACAGCAUUAGGCCGCGACGCGUUCCCGGCUGGGCGGUGGUGGUAGCGGCAGCCCGGGCGGCUGCAGCCUUAGCUUUCGUGGCGGCAGAGGCCGCCGCUGAUAGCCGGCAGAGGGAGGGAAGGUGGGGGCCCGCCCCGCCCUGGACCAGGGGGCCGGAGUUUCCGCCUCCUUCGCGGGUCCUGCCUCCGCGGCGGCGAGACCGCGCCCUUGGUCUGGGCUCGCGCCCCAGCUGCCACCGGCGACAGCAGCCGAGAGAAGUUAGGGUCCGACUGGGCGCGUGCAGGGCCCCAGAAGAACCGGCAUCUGGCGCCCCGCCUCUCCGGGGCUCCGCACCGCUGUUGCCUCUCCCAGGUGAAAAGAUUCCCACACUUUAAAAGAGCCAAAAUUUAGAGUGCUUGAGUUUUGGAAGUGACAAUGUUACAGGGAAAGCAAGAGCAUUGAACUGGAGGAUUUCCAGAUAUACAAGAUGGCUAAACAUUAAUGGAAAGAGAAGCGUAAACCUAUCUUCUUUCACUAUGGAGGCAAGUUUGGCAGAUGGAGAACCUGACCGAACUUUGAUCUUGCAAUAUUCAGAAGUUGCUGAAGUUCAAGAGACACUUCUUGGUGAUAGCAAAGAUGUCCUUGGGCCAUCAACUGUGGUAGCAAACAGUGACGAUACUCAACACCUGACACCAGGAAAGAUGAGUCAGCGCCAAGGGAAAGAAUCCUUUCCGACGCCAACCAAAGAUCUGUAUCAGCCAUCUUUUAGUCCAUCAAGUCCUCUUAGCCAGGGUUUUGAAAGAGGAAAGGAAGACAUUUCUCAAAAUAAGGAUGAAUCUUCACUUUCUAUGUCAAAGAGCAAGUCUGAAUCUAAACUUUAUAAUGGGUCGGAGAAGGAUAGUUCAGCUUCAAGCAAGCUCACAAAAAAAGAAUCUCUCAAGGUACAAAAGAAAAAUUACCGAGAGGAAAAGAAAAGAGCCACAAAGGAGUUACUCAGUACAAUCACAGACCCUUCUGUUAUUGUUAUGGCUGAUUGGUUGAAGAUUCGUGGUACUCUAAAGAGCUGGACCAAAUUGUGGUGUGUGUUGAAACCCGGGGUGCUACUGAUCUAUAAAACCCAAAAAAAUGGUCAAUGGGUAGGAACAGUACUUCUGAAUGCCUGUGAAAUCAUUGAGCGUCCAUCAAAAAAGGAUGGCUUUUGUUUUAAACUUUUCCAUCCUUUGGAGCAGUCUAUUUGGGCAGUGAAGGGUCCCAAAGGUGAAGCAGUUGGAUCUAUAACUCAGCCCCUACCUAGCAGUUAUUUGAUCAUCCGAGCUACUUCUGAGUCCGAUGGAAGGUGCUGGAUGGAUGCUUUGGAGCUGGCUUUGAAAUGUUCUAGUCUUCUCAAACGUACAAUGAUCAGGGAAGGAAAGGAACAUGAGCUGAGCAUCUCAUCAGAGAGCACCCAUGUGACUCUGUAUGGCUUAUUACGGGCUAACAAUCUCCACAGUGGUGACAACUUCCAGCUGAAUGAUAGUGAAAUUGAACGGCAGCAUUUUAAGGACCAAGAUAUGUAUUCUGAUAAAUCUGAUAAAGAAAAUGAUCAGGAGCAUGAUGAGUCUGACAAUGAGGUGAUGGGGAAGAGUGAGGAGAGUGACACAGAUACAUCAGAAAGGCAGGACGACUCGUACAUUGAGCCUGAGCCUGUGGAGCCUUUGAAGGAGACUACCUACACGGAACAGAGCCAUGAAGAACUCGGAGAGGCAGGUGAGGCUUCUCAAACAGAAACUGUAUCUGAAGAAAAUAAAAGCCUUAUCUGGACACUGCUGAAACAGGUCCGUCCUGGUAUGGACCUGUCCAGGGUGGUUCUACCGACAUUUAUUUUGGAGCCUCGUUCUUUCCUGGAUAAACUUUCAGAUUACUACUACCAUGCAGACUUCCUAUCUGAGGCUGCUCUUGAAGAAAAUCCUUAUUUCCGUUUGAAGAAAGUAGUGAAAUGGUAUUUGUCUGGAUUCUAUAAAAAGCCAAAGGGACUGAAGAAACCUUAUAAUCCUAUACUUGGUGAGACGUUCCGUUGUUUGUGGUUUCAUCCCAGAACAAACAGCAAAACUUUUUAUAUUGCUGAACAGGUGUCCCAUCAUCCACCAAUAUCUGCCUUUUAUGUUAGUAACCGAAAAGAUGGAUUUUGCCUUAGUGGUAGUAUCCUGGCUAAGUCCAAGUUCUAUGGAAACUCAUUAUCUGCAAUAUUAGAAGGAGAAGCACGGUUAACUUUCUUGAACAGAGGUGAAGAUUAUGUAAUGACAAUGCCAUAUGCUCAUUGUAAAGGAAUUCUUUAUGGCACAAUGACACUUGAGCUUGGUGGAACAGUCAAUAUUACAUGUCAAAAAACUGGAUACAGUGCAAUACUUGAAUUCAAACUAAAGCCAUUUCUAGGUAGUAGUGACUGUGUUAAUCAAAUAUCAGGGAAACUAAAACUGGGAAAAGAAGUCUUAGCUACUUUGGAAGGACAUUGGGAUAGUGAAGUUUUUAUUAAUGACAAAAAGACUGAUAAUUCAGAGGUCUUCUGGAAUCCAACACCAGACAUUAAGCAGUGGAGAUUAAUAAGGCACACUGUGAAAUUUGAAGAGCAGGGAGAUUUUGAAUCAGAGAAACUCUGGCAGCGGGUGACAAGAGCUAUAAAUGCCAAAGACCAAACAGAAGCUACUCAAGAAAAGUAUGUUUUAGAAGAAGCUCAAAGACAAGCUGCCAAAGAUCGGAAAACAAAAAAUGAAGAGUGGACAUGCAAGUUAUUUGAACUUGACCCACUCACAGGAGAAUGGCAUUACAAGUUUGCAGAUACUCGACCAUGGGACCCACUUAAUGAUAUGAUACAGUUUGAAAAAGAUGGUGUUAUCCAGACCAAAGUGAAACAUCGGACUCCAAUGGUUAGUGUCCCAAAAAUGAAACAUAAGCCAACCAGGCAACAGAAGAAAGUGGCAAAAGGCUAUUCCUCCCCAGAACCUGACAUCCAGGACUCAUCUGGAAGUGAAGCUCAAUCAGUAAAACCAAGUGCAAGAAGAAAGAAAGGGAUAGAACUGGGAGACAUUCAGACUUCCAUCGAAUCUAUAAAACAAACACAGGAAGAAAUUAAAAGAAAUAUUAUGGCUCUUCGAAAUCAUUUAAUUUCAAGCACACCUGCCACGGAUUAUUUUCUGCAACAGAAAGACUACUUCAUCAUUUUCCUCCUGAUUUUGCUUCAAGUCAUAAUAAACUUCAUGUUUAAGUAGUUCUUUACAGUUGAAUCAGUGAACUGGAAUGAUCAGAUUUCACGUGGGACCAGUGUUGGAGUUGGUUUGGUCUUUAUUAAAACAUCAUAAUAUUUCUAAAACAGAAAACCAUAGAGAUAAAUGUAGAAGUGUUGACUUUUCAUACCUUUUAUCCUUAACGUGAAAUAAGAGCUAUUCUAUUUGGUUAUUAAAGUGAGCUGUGUGUUAAGUGCCAGAACAUUUCUAGCUUUUGUGAGAAUGUGUCUACAUGUGAGUAUAAUAAAUCCACAUGUAUACACAAGUGUGUCUUACAUAUACCUUAGUCUUUGUAGUCUAUAGUAUGUUUAUGUUCUGCAAUAUACAGCAUUAAUGUUGUUCAUGACAAAAAUGCUAUCAAUCUUACAAAUAUAUGUAUACCAAUCUGUUUUCUUCAUAAAAUAGGCACAAAACUUUUAUCAAUAAGGAAUUACAGAAUGGGAAAUGAUGGAAUAAUAGACAUAAAUAGUUCAGUAUACUGUACUGUUAAAAAAAAAACAAAAAACCAUUUCCAAAGCAUCCAGAUCAAUUGUCUUCUUAGAAACAGGAAUAAAAAAAAGGAAAAAGCAUGGUCAAAAUUGAUAUAUUGAGAGAGAAGGUGGCAAAUUGCUUUUUUAAAAGUUUACACAAGAGUUUUUUUAACCCCAAGAAUUUAAUAUUUAUAGAUACAGCUAUAAAUAUACUUACGUCUACAUCAACAAAAACACUGGUAUGUAGCUACUUGGAUCUAGUGACUAUAUCUUUCUUAUUAUACCUAUAUUACCCCCUUAAAAGUGUGGUCAAGCUUCAUUGCUGUCCUUUUUUCUUUUUUGUUUUUUUAAACUCAGUUGGUCCAGUAACAGGCCAAAUUCUAGAGAUGUUUAUAGGGCAUAUGAAAUGCUAAUAUUCAUGAUUUUUCACUAUGAAACACUUAUUUUAGCUUUCAUGUUCCUAGUGUGUUCAGUGAAGUAGAAUAGAAACAAAAUUAUAACCAAUAUUUUACUUCAAAAGCCAAAUAAGAAAAGGGCGAUAAGAAAAGACACUUCGUGUGGUGGCAUUUAUGUGUACAUUAAAAUUGGUUUCUUUAAAAUGUGCAAUAAGUUCAGCAUCUAAGAAGAACGUCAAGUUCUGAAGUUAAUUCUUUAUUAUCCUCCUCUUUCUUAGUAAAUGCAUUCUGUGGCAAAAUCACAAUUCCUUAAGAUUCCUUUUGUUCAGGCUCAGGCAAACUCCUUUCCUAUUUUUUUUCAGUUUAAUAUUUUUACUUUGUUUUUACAUAAAUAUUUAUAGCCUUCAAAAGCAAUUUUUGCUAAGUAGUUAAGCUUAGGAACAUGUUGUAAGAGGUAUCUUAGAAUUCUGAAAGUCGAUUUUCUAAUAAGAAUGAAGGUCAGAGAGAAUAACUGCUAUUGCUACACUUGCCUUUGACUAAGAGACUGAGAGACACUAGUAAAAUUACAAUCAACUACUUAUGCCAUGGUGAGGAUAAAAUCAAGGAAUGAUUGCUAAAUUAUGAAAACAAAAUGAUUUUUAAAAAAAGAGCCUGCUUUUUUCCUCCUAACCAAUAUAGCUAUCUUAAGUAUCCUUAGGUUUUUAUGAAUAGCCAUUUCCCACGUAUUUUUGGCAAAACAAUGCUGUAUUCAUACAUACAUGUGAAACAUUUUUUAAAUUGAUUAAAACAUAAGUAAAAUAUACCUACACCUAGUAUAAGUAUAAUAUGAUUACAGUAGAACAGGUGGGGUUUUUGUUUGUACCCAUACUUGAUAUAAUUUUUGUACUCACUUUCUGUUACCAAUGUUAUACUCAACUGCCUCUUCAUUGAUAUAUAAUAUUUUGUAAAUAUUGUACAAUUUGAUCCUUUUUUAUGGUUUAAAUUAGUAUUAAUUUAUAUAUAUUGAUUGGCUGAUCACAAAAAUAAUUUCAUCAUUAAACCCUGAAAACUUACAUUUUUUGGUUGAUAAUUCCCCUAUGGGGUUUUAGUCUUAUCCACUUGUAUUAACUUUUGUUUGGUAUAAAUGGUAUUUUAUUGGUAUGGUUAUCUUCUAAGACUGGAGAGGUAGUUACUUUAUUUUUAAAUUUUCUUUUUAAGGCACAUGUUAUGAGUUCUUAUUACUCAAGGAAUCAAAAACUGUUUCAUGAGAAAAAGCAGGGUUACUCAUGACUGUUUCAUAUACACUGAAAGCAUAUAUCUAAUCUAAUAGUCAUAGUCUUCUUAUGCUUUUAGUUAUAUGACUUCCUUUCUGUGAACUGAACACAAAACUCAGGAAUUGGUGGCUUAGUUUUUAGAUCAGUGCUUAUAUUAGAGUUAGUAUGUGAAUCCUUUAAAUUACAUAAUUAACUUUGUAUUUAGCCAUACAUGUAAUUGACUUUGAAUGUUCUCCAACUGAGAUUAAUCUUCGUUCACACAUGGGUUCAUAAAAAUUGUGAUUUACAGUUCCCAGUUGUCUGAGAGCCUCAUGAUGGUUUCUAUGAUUUAAGACCUAUGACCAGUUUUUUUCUCACUUGAAAAUUGAAAUGAGUAAUAAUUAUUAACAUGUGCAUUUCUGUUUUAGUUGUUAAAUGUACUGUGUCUUCAGUUAUCCACCAUUUAGUGAGAUGUAGCUGGCCCAGGAAAAGACAAUAAAUAGGGCAUGUGAAAUAAGUAAGUUUCAGCAAUAGAUAUUUUACUUGUAUUUCAUGUCACUUUUCUGUAUUACUUAUAAAGGUACAGUGUAAUCUUUGUCACCAUUCCAUUGAAAAGUUGGCCUUGUAAAAUACAACCCUCAUUUAGUAUUCAUGCUUUUGUGCCUUUAAGAAAAUACUUUCCCUCAUUUUUGUGUUACAAGACUAUAUGAUUCAGAGUAUUUAUAGGCUUACUUGUCAUAAAAGGGUCAUUUCUCUGUGUCACUUUAUUUCCUUUUAUAUAGCUAUAGUAUAUUUAAACAAUAAUGCUGUACUUUUAUAAGUGUUUGUCUAUUUACCUAUCAAAUAUAUUCAUUUUCAGACAUCAUUGAAGAAGACUUGUCAGAUUAUUGAGUAUUGUAAACAGUGCCUUUUCGAUGGAAUUCAUACUGUUUUAGGGUGUCAACUUGUGCCAUAUACACACAAAAUUCUUUGGAAGGCAGUUUUAACUUUUUGAAGAAUAUGUUAGUCAAAUAUUUAAGAAAACAAAUGUAUAAAAUUCCCUUUUUUCCAGUGUUUAUUAUUUCUAGUGAGCAAUGAAUAUAUUUGGGGGGUUUUUUGUUUGAAAUACAGUGAUAAUGGCAUUAUUGAUGAGCCAUACAUGACACUGCAGAUUUUUUGAAUUAUGUUAAAUGUACAGAAAUAAAAUAUUAAAAUUAGCAUUUAUACGAAAUUUUCCCCAUUUGAACCAAUGGUAGGGGGGCACUCUCACACAAAUCACUAAGUUUACAUUUCAACUUCUCUCAUAUUUGACUACAUGGAAAAAGAGAUUCUUUAAAAUGUAUAACCUGCCAUUAUUAUGUAAUUUGGUUUCAUUUUGUUUACCUUAUAAUGAAUUUAAUAUAUUUAAUUUACUUUUUGUUACUCUUAAUGUACUACUUGUUUUGUUAGUUUUUAAUGAAAGAUGGACUGUUAACAUCGUAUAGGACCAGUGUCUUCUUAAUAUGAUUAACAUAUUUAGAAGAGCCACAAGAAACCCAUGACAAAAUGAAUGUGAAUAUACUUUCUAAAAUAUUUAGAAAAUUUUAUCUUUCUGCAUUUAUCAUGUCAAUUUAUUUUAGUAUUACAAGAUUGAAAUUUAAAGAAAAAAUGCCACUGAUGAGCCACAGAACUUCAGUUGAAAAUUUUCACUUUUUAGCAUGCUAACUGUAAGUUAAAUAUCCUGUUUAAUGGCCAUUUAUAAAUACAAACACUACCACUGGUCAGUUUUGUAAAAUAGAAUAAAAGUAUGUUAUCUGCAGUGUAAGUAUAGCACACUGUCAAAUUCUUUUCCUUAAGGUGCAUAGUAAAUGUACAGCUAGUCUUAGGUAACUGUUUUGUAAUGUAUUACAUUUCUAAUCUGUUAUUCCUAACCUAUUAUAAAUGUUUGCAGAGACAAAAGAAUUGAACUUUUCUAAUGAUCUGUAAAAUGAUGCUAACUUCUACAAGUAGGCAUUCUAAAUAAAAUUUUUAAAAAGAGCAAA